GAGGGUGGAUCCGGGGAACGGGAUUGCGGCGGGCGGGCCCCGCUCCGGCCCCGCCUCCGCCCCGCAGCUGAGGGCGAUGGAGGGCGGCGGAAGCCCCGCCGAGCCCGGCCCGGGGCCCGGCGGGCGCUUCCCGGCGGCGGCGGUGGAGCGGAUCCUGCGGGAUGCGGUGCGGAGCGCCCUGCGGGAGCGGCGGUACGAGCCGGGGCCGUGCCGGGAGGCGGCCAGGGACAUCGCCGAGGCUGUUAAGGCACAGGUGAAGGCGCUGGGGGUGCCCAGGUACAAGAUCGUGGUGGUGGCACAUGUCGGGCAGCUGGGUGGGCAGAGCUUGCAGAUCAGCAGCAGGUGCCUCUGGGAUCCCCAGAGCGACACAUUUUCCUCCUACGUGUUCAAGAACACCUCGCUGUUCGCCGUGGCAAACGUCUAUGGGGUGUAUUUUGAGUAGGGAGGUAGUUGAGUUUAGCAGCAGGAAAAGUUAAUAUUCAGCCUGAUUCUUCCUAGCCCUGUUGUUGAAAAUAUCUGUGGAGGACCUAGGUGCUCUCACCUGCUUUGAAAUGUGAGCCUUUGGGUGAGUGACAGAGCUGUGCAGCUGCUUUCAGAACUUGCUCUGUAGGGGAAAUAUUUUCAGAAUAAUGCCUGUAAGUAAUGUUUUCCCUGUUCUCCUCCAGGAAAUCUUACUGGAAGUAUUUGGAUUAGGGAGUAAACCAUGGGUUUUGCCUGCCCACUUUUGGGGCUGGUACUGAUGGUUCUAAGUCUCUCCUGGUGCGGCCAUUCCCCACCGAGGUGGGGUCUGGCUCACCUUGCUCUGGAUCUAAACCAGAUUUUUUGUUAGCCCUAUUUCCCAGCUGAAACCUGCUGUUAGGUUUUCCUGAGUCAGAGAACAAACCUAUCACAAACUGCUUAUUUUAUUACAUUUUAGGUGCAAAGCUGAAACCAGAACAGUAGUUAGUUGGGAAGAUAUACUUCAUGUACUCAUGACUAAAAGUUUAACUCUAACCCUCUGAGCACUGUGAAAUGCAGACAACCUGAAGCCUCUUGCUGGUGUGCACUGUGACAUUUAACACCCAAAAGCUACAAUUAAAGAACACAACUGAAAGAA